AUGACGAGGUUCAGUAUCGGUGGGUUGGGUGUUCGACGACCCUUAGGCCAGGCCACCACAAACGUCAGCAACCAUCUCUCCGGUGGCUCCGCACACGGCCAGGCCCACGCGCAUCAGCACAAGCGACACGCCUCGACCUCGUCCUCGUCGCCUCUUUACGGUCCCGGAUCCUCGUCUGCACCGUCUUCCGGGAACGUCAAUGGUCCUUCGGUGGUAGGCUCGACGUCUACGGCUUCGAACGGUAGUCGUCGUCGAUGGCCCCUCCGCGCCGGAGCGGUGAUGCUACGUGGUCCCGGUCUCCUCCUUCGCGCGCCGACGCGUCUGCUGCUCGCCACGCCCCGAGGCGCCUACAAAGGUCUCCGUAGAGCAGGCAUGGUCGCGGCUCCCGUCGUUGUCGCAGGUCCUCAGAGACUGUUUGGUACUUCCGCUAGGGCGAGAAGGUUGCAGCAACGACAGCAGCAACAGCAGGUCGAGAGGGACGGGGGGGUGGAGGGGGACAAGUUGGGGUCGACCGGUGCAGGGGUACAAGGACAGCCGCAUGGGCCUCGUCAGAGCUUUACGAGUGAGCUUGUGUGUGAACAGUUCACAGCCUUCUUUCGAUAUGCUCACUCAACCACUACUUCUCUCCAGCCCGCCUCCGCCAAAGGUGGUCCUCGACCGAAACGCGCUGGUACCCGAUCCCGAUUUCGCUCGGUGCAGCCCUUCUCGUCGCCCUCAGCCUCUACAAGAAACAAGACGGGCUCUACAACGACCUCGAUUCCGACUCGGCCGACUCGGACUCUCGCUCCGGUCGUCGUAAGCCCGUUUCGGAAUCGCAAAUCAAAGUCCAAGGACCGUGGCAGGUGCACGUCAUCGGGGCCUUACCCCUACGAUCCAUUUCGAGGAUCUACGGCAUGUUGAACAGCUUCGAGUUGCCCGUCUGGUUCAGGACGCCCGGGUAUCGAUUGUACGCUUGGUUCUUUGGGGUCAAUUUGGACGAAUGCGAACCGAGCGACUUGAGGGAGUACAGGAGUAUGAGCGAGUUCUUCAUGAGGAGGCUCAAGGAUGGGGUCAGGCCGAUUGCAGAUACGGUGCUGGUGAGUGGGGGAGGAGCGUCUAGGAUAGGACAGAAUGGUAGAACUAAUGUUCUUUGUCGCAUCAGGUCUCACCCUCGGACGGCAAAGUCGUCAACUUUGGCGUCGUUGAAGGCGGUCGAGUCGAACAAGUCAAAGGCUCGACCUACUCUCUCGAGGCCCUACUUAACGGCACCGGACCCGCUUCCGACACGCCGACGACCAAAAGUCGUCGCCCCUACGUAGCUCCUGAACACCCACACAAAGCCGAGCCCAUCUCGGUCAAUGAAGAAGAGUUCGCCAACAUCAAUGACAUUUCCUAUUCGCUCGGUGAACUGAUGGGAAACCGACCCAUCGGACCUGGGUCUUCACCCUCCUUCACGACGGAGGAUGCUUCCAUUUCCUCAAGUGAACAACACCUCGUCCCACCCCAAGGCCCCAAGCGGUCCCUCUCGACGGACGCCAAAGUAGCUCUCGAAGUCAGCUCGUCCUCGUCGAACCCUACGAACCCGAAACAAGGCCACAAGCUCUUCUUCACCGUCGUUUACCUCGCCCCGGGUGACUACCACCGCUACCACUCCCCUACGAACUGGGUCGUGGAGAAGAGACGUCAUUUCGCUGGCGAGUUGUUCUCCGUCUCACCUUGGAUGGCGGCCAAGUUGCAAGAUCUUUUCGUGCUCAAUGAACGGGUCGCGCUGUUGGGAAGAUGGAAGUACGGAUUUUUUUCCAUGACGCCCGUAGGAGCGACGAACGUCGGAUCCAUUCGCGUCAAUUUCGAUUCAACGUUGAGGACCAAUUCCCCUUUACGUCCCAUCACUCCCGGAACGUUCUCCGAAGCGACCUACGCCAAAGCUUCGACCUUGUUGGGCGGUCAACCGUUGAGGAAGGGGGAUGAAGUCGGGGGUUUUUGGUUGGGUUCGACGAUCGUUUUGGUGUUUGAGGCACCGGAGGACUUUGAGUUUAUGAUCGAGAGGGGGGAAAAGGUCAAGAUGGGACAGGCGUUGGGGGAGGUUAGGAGGAGGAAGCAGGCGUGAGGCAUGGGAAGGGUCGGCGAGCGCAGGAGGGUGGCCAUUUAGCUUGGGUUAGUUCUGUGGCGUAGUUAAUUUCGGUUUUGCGUACUAUGCUUUGGUGGUAUCGACUGGAGUACCGUGAGGAUUGAGCGUUAGCAUUACUUUGAACAGGGCUGGGGUGGGUAGCGGGUCGGUGCUACCGGGCGGCUUUCCCAAAUCGAGCGCCGAGACUUUGCCGAGGAGACACAGGAGUAUUCGGGCCAUUCUCCGAGCGGAACGGAACGCGAGUCGACCCUACAAAAAAAUGUAUGGGCUACAGUUGAUGCCGUGCUGCCGUACUGUCAUGCCAUCCGAAAUCGAGAUGCCGAAAAAGUUGAUUCGACAAGCCGAAACUCUUCAGUCGUGA